UCCAGGAAACAAAACAGUGUCAAAGCUUUCAACGAUUCAAAGGAGAAACUAAAAUAACCAUUCAGAUGAAAUGGUGGUUCGGAAAUGGGGGAAGGAGGAAGAGCUUCCCUUUCUCUGUGACUGUGUGGGUUGGGAGAGGCAGAAGGAGCCUGCGUUCAGAUGCGGCGUUGGAAUCCAUAGCAAAAGCUUCAGAAGACAGAGUUCCCAACAUAGUUCUCUACAAUUACCCUUCCUUUUCUGGGGCAUUCUCCGCUCUCUUUGCUCACCUAUUCCACACUCGCCACAAUCUCCCAUUCCUCAUACUGCCCUUCUCUGCGGUUCCCUCUCUCGCUUUCAGGGUUGAAGAUUUGUGCACUAGUGGCCUUGAGACAUGUUAUCUACUUGACUUUAUUCCUCCAAAGGAAUUCCUCUUCGACCUUUCCCGUAAAUCAAAAUGCAAGAUUAUUGGGUUUGAUCAUCGGAAAUCUAUUCUUAGACAUAUUCCCCCUGCCAAUGUUUGCCCUGAGAAUAUUAUGAUUAAUGUAAACCUUGAGAAGAGUAGCUCUAGGGCUGUUUAUGAGUACUUUACAGGCAAGCAUGUGGAUGUUAAUAUUUCUGACGACGAGGCUCCAUGUUUGGUGGACUCAAAAGACAAGGGCCGAAUGGAGCUAAUUCUUAAGUAUAUUGAGGAUGGAGAUCUUCGCCGAUGGAGCUUGCCUGACAUUAGGAUGUUUAAUAUUGGACUGAGUGAAUGGCGGUCCAGGUUUAGCUGCAUUUCUAAUCCAUACAUGUAUAAGCAGUUGCUGGAAUUAAGUGCUGAAGAUUUAAUUGCUAAAGGAUAUUCAUAUUGCUCUGCUCGCCAAAAUGCUGCAAGCAAAUUGCUGGAAAAGGUGUUCAGGGUUCGACUGGGUAGAGGAUUUUAUGGAGAGUGCCUGGGAGUUCGGGCAGAUAAGAAUUCCAACUUAAGUGAUGAAAUUGGCAAGCUUCUUAGUGUAAAAAGUGCUGCUAGUGGUCUUAGGCCAAUAGGGGCUGUGAUAUUCAUGCAAAGGGAUAAUCUCAAAAUGUGCUUGCGUACCACUGAUACUGCCACUGAUACCUCUGAAAUUGCAAAGGCGUAUGGCGGAGGUGGUUCCCCAAGUUCCAGCUCCUUCAUGAUAAGGAUGGAUGAAUACAACCAAUGGAUUAGAGGGAAUUCAUCUUGAUGAUUCAUGGGUUUGAAUUUCAAAUGUUGGCUUGAACUUUGUAACACUUAUGACAGUGUAUACUUGCUUCCUGUUCCUUAAAUUGCAUGUAAAGCUGAUCAUUCGGUUAAAGGGAUUUGUUCAGGAAGAAAAUGACGAGGUAAUGGCACUUGCAUUCUCCAAAUGGUAUCCAAGGUAAUGGUCAUGUUAUCAGAACUGGUCCAUAGACUUUCCUGAUAUUGUUGCUGCAUACGGCGAGACUGAGAGAAAAGAAAGUAGAACAUGGAAGCAUUCUAUUCUAGGACAUUCCGGUGAUGAUAUUCAAGUUCAGCCAAUUAGAAAGAAGAAUUCCUGACAAUUUCUUGUUAGUUUGAGACUCCAAUACUGCUGCUGGCAUUGUUUCUUCAACCACCAGUUACCAACUUCACAGCAUUUAGCUGAAGUUUAUGAUUAAUAUUGCAAAUUUUAUCAUUUUCAGCCAAAGUCUGUGAUUGAAAAUAUUAAGGAGCAUUAAAUAAUAAGUGAAUAUAGUCGGUUUUUUUUU